AUGGCAUUUUAUAAUGUAGGUGGACGACCUUCUUCAGAUGUAUGGCAAUAUUUUGAAAAAAAUACAUCUAAAUCAAAAGGUCACUAUACUGCAAAAUGUAGAUAUUGCUUGAAAUUUUGGAGAAGAGGAAUUCCAGAUAAAUUAGAAGCACAUCUUGCACUUAAAUGUGAAAAAGUUGAUAGAGAAAUUUCUCAAAUAUAUUUAAAAAAACUUGCAACUAAAAAUUCAGUAUCAGAUGUUGAGUCUGAAGAUAAAAUGUCAAUAAAUAUUGAGAAAACCAUGUUUUAUGUACCAAAAAAAAAUAAUGAUAUUGAUUUUUCUAGUGUGGCUAACUCAGAAACAGUCAUCGAUGGAUUGGAUCUCGAAGAAGAGGAAUCAUUUACAUCACUUGAAUUAGAAGAGGAUCUAUCUGAUGUUUCUGAUAACAACAUUGAUAAUAAUAAUUUAUCAAUUGAAUCAAUAAUUGAUUUAUCAGUAUUAAUUUCAGGCAGUGAUAUUUCAGCCCAAGAUAUAACUAGUGAUAUAACUAGUCCAUUUGCAGAAGGUAUAACUGAUUAUAAUCCUCAUGAAUUAGUUGCUAAUUUGGUGACAGAGGAUGAAUAA